AGCUCAGCAGUCCCUUCGUGUGCUCAAAAGUGCUUCACAUCUGCCGCCCCUGGUGUUGGAUGUGAUGUCCACGACUAUGCCUGUCAGUGCAAGCCUGCCGCUCAAGCUAGCUUGACCCAGCUCCUCGUUCCAUGCGUGGCUACAGCUUGCCCUGCAGCUUCGCUCCAAGCCGUUAUUACUGGAGCUAGUUCCGUGUGUGCUUGCGCC